UAAAAAUGGAGCCGGGCAGUCGGAGGCUUGUCUGGAGGAGAAGGAAAGGAGACCGCUGAAAGAAGCGGCGCUAGCCUCCCAGUUUGAACGAGUAUCUCCUUUUUUUUUCUGAACGGGACGUUUGUUCGGGCAUAGCGGGCCUUCAUGAAAAGCCCUCCGCUGUUAGCAUGUCUGAAGAAACAGCCGCAAGCCCGGAGCUCGCUGUCCGCUUUUUAUCUAUUUAUUUUACUCUGAAGCAGGAAUUCAGACGGAGUUUAUAGAAACAUUAAAUUAUACGUCUUAUAGGUGUUUUUAAAUUAUACACGUCGGUUUUUGUCGUUUAUUCGAGGCGCGCUUGACCGUUGAAAGCGAUGUACAACACGGUUUGGACGGCAGAGAAAGCUGGAGAGGAAGGAGGCUGGCGGGACGUGAUGAUGCCCUACUCCACUGAGCUCAUCUUCUACCUGGAGAUGGACCAGCCUCCAGCUCUUCCUCCAAAGCCAGCCAAGUCUCAGCAGUCUUCUUCAGCCAGGGAGGAAGAAGGAGGUGAAGCCGAUGACGGCGGGGUGGCCGGUCCACUGCAGGAGGCGGAGUGGUACUGGGGCGACAUAUCCAGGGAGGAGGUGAACGAAAAGCUCAGAGACAUGCCUGACGGGACCUUUCUGGUUCGGGACGCCUCCACCAAGAUGCAGGGCGACUACACGCUGACCCUGAGGAAAGGAGGGAACAACAAGCUGAUCAAGAUCUACCACAGAGACGGGAAGUACGGCUUCUCUGAGCCGCUCACCUUCAGCUCUGUGGUGGAGCUCAUCAGCCACUACAGGCACCAGUCUCUGGCUCAGUACAACACCAAGCUGGACGUCAAGCUCCUGUACCCGGUGUCCCGCUUCCAGCAGGACCAGCUGGUGAAGGAGGACAACAUCGAUGCUGUGGGGAAGAAGCUGCAGGAAUACCACAGUCAGUACCAGGAGAAGAGCAAAGAGUACGACCUGCUGUAUGAGGAAUACACCAAGACCUCGCAGGAGAUCCAGAUGAAGCGCACGGCCAUCGAGGCCUUCAACGAGACCAUCAAGAUCUUCGAGGAGCAGUGUCACACGCAGGAGCGCUACAGCAAGGACUGCAGCGAGCGCCUCUGCCGCGAGGCCAACGACACGGAGAUGGAGCGGAUCCUGGUGAACUUCGAGAAGCUCAAAUCCCGUCUGGGAGAGAUCCACGACAGCAAGGUGCGGCUGGAGCAGGACCUGAAGACGCAGGCCACGGACAACCGGGAGACUGACAAGAAGAUGAACAGCCUGAAGCCCGACCUCUUACAGCUCCGCAAGAUCCGGGACCAGUACCUAGUCUGGCUGAAUCAGAAAGGAGUCCGGCAGAAACGAAUCAACGACUGGCUGGGAAUAAAGAACGACAACCCUGAUCAAAGCUACUUCAUUGCUGAUGAGGAUGAGAACCUGCCCCACCACGAUGAGAAGAGCUGGUUCGUGGGCGAUCUGAACCGGACGCAGGCGGAGGAGCUGCUGGUCGGGAAGCCAGACGGAGCGUUUUUGAUCCGGGAGAGCAGCAAGAAGGGCUGCUACGCCUGCUCUGUGGUGGUGGACGGCGAGGUGAAACACUGCAUGAUCCACAGCACGCCGCGGGGCUUCGGCUUCGCCGAGCCCUUCAACCUCUACGGCAGCCUGAAAGAACUGGUCCUCCACUACCGCCACACCUCCCUGGUGCAGCACAACGACUCGCUCAACGUGCGCCUCACCCACCCCGUUUACGCACAUACGCCCUCCAUCUGCAGAUGAACCCCAGGAGGGCGGAGCCUCACAGAGAACGGACUGAACACCCGCCGCCUCGACUGCAUCAGCAAAACUAUUUUUACAAGAACUUCUUCAGAGGGCAUUCUUCAAAACGACUGCUUGAUUUGCACAAGGAGGUUUGAAAUGUUUGUGAAUGUGAAGUUGGGGAGCGACUGAAGGACGGAAACGAAGAAGGAGCUUCAGGUCGACCCCGCUGCUACCCGCCAUCCUGCUCCUUCCCCACAGAACGGCUCACGGUUCGGUUCCUCCUCCGUCGGUCAGAGGACAAAUGUAGCAAAACAGGCUGCUGUUUUUCUUUUGUUUUUGUUUUUUUCUGGUGAGUAAAACGGCAGCGACCAGAACCAGAGACCAAAGGAUGGCCCAUGUUUGGGAGAGGAGGAGCCAGCUUCAGGGCUUUAUUAGGCCUCACCCUCCAGGAACGAGCUCUUCAAACCAAAUCAGAUGCUUUAGAUUAGAGGAAUCCAGAAACCAGUUAAAACUGGUUCUGGUUCUGAGCAUCAGUUACUUCAGAUCCACCUGCUAAAAGCCCAAUAGAGACGACCAGCCGUCUAACACCUAAAUUUACAGAUUUUUAGACCAGAACCAGAGCUGAACUUAAAGGUACCGUUUGACCCAAUUUCUAAAUGGGUUUAGAAAAAGCUCCAGCAGAUGAGACGGGUUCAAAUCUUUACUGACAUCUGGUGGUUGAACUAAAAACUGCAGCAGAACUGAGUCAAUACUAAGAUCAUUAAGUCAAAGUUAAAACUGUCUGCUGUUCAGGAACAGUAGUGGUAAUUAGAAAAAAAAAAUCUAUUUGAAGUUCAGAUCAUAUCUGAGGUUCCAAAGAUUCUUACUUAGAUGAAUGUUUGGUUUUAACCAUCAUAAAUUAGCUGCAGCUUUAGUCCCAUUGGAAGGAAAACCGCUAAAUGUUUUAAAACAACCAAAGGUGAGGAGUUAAACAGGUUCUAGCAUAAAACGGUCCGUUUGGACUGAACCCGUCCAGCAGAUCACUGGCUUUCAGAAGUGUUGGAAGAAAUGUAAGUGGAGAGUUUCCUUCCUGUGAAGGUUUGGCCUGUUGUCCCAGAUGGACCCAGUUCUGACCCAGACGAAGGCGCCGCCUUCCCUCUGCUAACUAUGCUAAAGGACAGUUAGCCAGAGAUUGGUGUGAAUGUGUGUCUGACCGGACAAGUUGGAAGAAAAUCCAGAUUGGAAGCUGUUGAGCGGGGGAUUUCACGGAAGAGGAGCUGAACCGGAACCGGUUCUGUGCCGCUCAGACUGAAUGAUGCUGUUUUCAUGUCAGACUUCCUGAAAUCCUCCAAACUUUGGAUGUUUGAGUUUCUGAGUUUCUCCGACAACAAAACGGUUCCAUGGGACCGGAUGAGGCGGACCUCCAGCGGUACCACAGACUCUGCCUCUUUUAUUUCUGCAGAACAAACAGCACAAAGUACUGGAACCGGUCCGGUUCCUCCUUCCUGUCUCUAUCCGCUCUGUUUUCUCAUCCCGGACAGCGGCAGAACCAGAACGUGUUCUCGAAUGUACAAAGGCGAGUUCGGACCAGUCUGAGUCGUCUCUGACCGCCCGGUAACCUCUGCAGGUGCUAUUGGGGAACCGGGCCGAGCAGACGGGGAAUUUUCCGGUUUUUAUCCCUCAGGUGUUUUCAGGUUUACCGUCCGGACUCCGGAAUGAAGCCAGCGGUUCGGGAAAAUCCAGAACAAAUCAGGGUUCUUUUGGAUCACUUUUCUCCUCGUUUAUUUGGUCUCUCCUUCCUCCAGCACCGCAGGGUUCUGACCCUUUCUAGCUGUUUGCAUGGGGACCUCCCCAAACUCGUACUACUUGAAGUGUCGGUCGGCCACCGUUGAAUGUCUUUCUAUGAGAAUUUAUUAAAGUUUAGAGGAAGAAGAGUUCCCUCCGUUUAUGCCGAGCAGAGUUUUAUCCCAGAUGAUGUACAGUAUUGGUUCCAGGCAGGACCGCCGCUCUCAGAGGUCCGAUGGGUUUUCCCUUCAUGCAGGGCUCGCAUGAAGUUGCACACAUUUACCUGUGAUGUCUGCUUACAUGGAGAUGUCUUAUCGUACAGAUAUAGAUCUAUAUUUACAGUUUAUAUGAAGCUAAAAGGAGGAACAGUUUGACAGCUCGUUUUUUGUCCCUGAAACAUUUAAACCAAAGAUUUUAGUUUGAAUCUUUUCCUUUAUUAGAGGAUUUUUAUUUGCUUUAACAGACAGAAACUGCUGGGAAAUGAUGUUUGGUUCCGUCUGUAAAAUCCUACAUUCCAGAGGUUAAGAGGUCAGACUUUACUCCAUCUGGACACCUCUAGUCUGUGUGCUGUGAUGAAAAUCUGUCUUUUGUCGGGGAUUUCAGGAGAAAACGAGCAGAACCGGCAGCGUCACAGCUCUCCUACUCAUGCAAUUCUCUCUAUUUGCACAUGAUGACCGCAGCAGGAGUCUGGGCCGAGUUUUUCUUUUCAGAAAAUCGUCCUGCAGAAAUCUCUGCCUCAGUUUCCAAAAUUCAGGGUUUAGUUUCAGGAUGUCGAUAAUCAGUUUGGAGCGAAAUUAGUCUUUUUUUGUUUAUUGUAAUGAACCAGAGCGCUUGUUUUUAAUAUAAAAAUUUUAUAUUGAGACAAUUUCUUCCUAUCUAAUGGUUGAUUCUUUUAUUUAUUUUUUUUAAAUGGAAGAUCUGUCUAUUAUAAUAUUUAUGGAU